CACACAUUCAUGCUCUGAACAGUGGUUUUGAUUAUUCUUUCAUUUAUACUCUGCCUGACUGUGCGUGAUCAUCUUCUUAUCCUAUCUUCUUGAUUGGGACUCUUCAAUCCUCUCUUGCUGAAGCAUCAUCAUGGAGAAGUGUCAGUUUGGCCUGGUUUUGCUGUUGGUGUUGUGCGCCGUGCUGCCAGCUGAAGCCCAGCCCCCUAACGUGAUACAUCGCUACAGAAAUUUCCUGAAUCAGCAUGUUUACAUAGACAUGACCGAAAGAAAGUGUACUAGUGAGAUCUACAAGAGAAAAAUCACUGAUGGUAACACCAACAAUUGCAAAGAAGUGAACACCUUCAUAAAGGCCAAUUCUAACCUGGUCAAGGCUGUGUGUGGGAAAGCCACGCGUAAUUAUACAAGCGGCCAGCCUUUCACUGUGGUCACAUGCAAACUACACAGUGGAGAAAGACGGCCACGCUGUGACUACGGCAAAAAAGGUCAUCAGAGCACUCGAUACAUUAAUAUAUCAUGUGAUCAGGGUUGGCCCGUGCAUUACAUAGAAGACCAUAUUUUGUAGGCUGAAAUGUCGAAGGUCAGAUGUUUAGUGACCAAUGAAUCUGCAACUAAACUAAUGGUUAAUGAUCCUGAAAUACGCUGAUUGAGCUGCUUUUUUUUUUUUUUUUUUUUACUUUAGUGAACUUCUGCGGUGGUUGUGUUGAAGCCAGGAAAGACAUUUUCUUUCAAUCACUUUGUUGAUCUUUUAUUUCUCUGUAUUAAUGACAUUAUAUACAUUCUGAAAUGUUCAUGUUCAUACGUUUUAGUCCAGACUUGUAACACAUUGGGUUAAUGCAACUUUCGAAUAGAAUGGGCUCCUGAAAUCAGAAAAGAGCAGUUUAAAAUGUUACAUCUCGUUGACUUUUUGAGUUCAGAAUGACGAGUGAAGGAAAUGAACAUUUGUGUGAUUGCAUGUACUCUAUGGAUAUGAAAAACAUAUGGUGUGAUAACUGUACAACAAAUCCGUCACUGUUUAUUGGUAUAUCGUGAGAUUUUAUAUAAUCCCACCAAAAAAAACCCAGGUUUUAAAUGCAUCAUUUCUACAGACUUUGCUUAGUUUGCUUGUAAAAUCAGUAGCGUUCAUCUUUAUUAAAUCAAUAAAGCAUCGCAAAAUCA